AUGGCGGCCAGCACAACGGUGACUGCCUCGUCGUCGUCGGCGGCGGCGUCCUCGUCAUCGUCGUCCACCGCAGCAUCCCGGCUGUCAGCCGAUCGUCUGUCCGGCGUUGGGGUGCUCGGGUCGACCGGCGCGUCCACAGUGACGGGAGCCGGCAGCGGUGUGCGGCGCCGCUACAUCCGCAGCAACACCGCCAGCGUUACCCAGCUGCUGUCGGACAGUUGCAGCAGCAUACUGCAGCGAUUCCGCCGCAAUCCGAGCGAGAAGUUGGAGCAGCAACAGCAGCAGCAGCAACCACAGCCGCAACAGAAGCGAUCGCAGUUUCGUGGGUUUAACGAGCUGUCAACAUCAGCCUCGACCAGUUCGAUCCUUUCGCACGGUAGCGGUAGUGCGACCAACACCUCCGACUAUGGCAGCCUCGGCUCGUCCACCGAUUCGGUGCACCGGUCGCCAUAUUUGAGCAGCUUCAACAGUACGAUGAGCUCGUACUACAAACCACUGUUUCGCACGUUCGGCAAACGCUUCGACUCACCGACGGCCAGUUCUGGUUCGGCAACAGCAUCGUCCGCGCUGACCGCACCAACUACCCGCAGCAGACGCGAAAGCACUACCGAGGAUAAGGACAAGACACCGCUAGUGAUCCCGGGCAAAUCGUCGUCCGGUGUGUCAUCGGGUAGCAUCAGCAGCAAUAGUAGUAGUAAUAGUAGUAAUAAUAACGCUGGCAGUGGUGGUGGUGGUAGUACGAUCUCUCGGCUCGAGUCAAAGUAUUCCGACAUUCUUGACCGGGUACAUCGGCGCAAGGAGCAGGAAGAUAAGGAGAAAACCUUAGAGCCAGCGCCUGGAACUGCCGGUCAGUACCAGCAGCGUUUGCUGAACCCGCUCAUGAAAAGCUCCACCACGAGUAGUAUCGUGCGUGAUAAAUCCUACUCAAGCGCGAAAGAGCGUACACCGUACAAGCUGCAACUACUGCUCGGUAGCAACCGUAGCUCGAAGCUGUCCAGUACUGCAGGUUCCACGGGUAUGUCAUCCGGUGGUGGUUCGACCAUGGUGGACAGCCUAUAUGAUCGAAAUGGUCGUACGUACGGUACCGAUCGAAGUUCCGGUUUGCGAACGUUCGCUGGUAGCUCCAACAAGGUACGAACGAAGGAGGGUAGCUAUCAGCAACAACAGGCAGGCGACGGUGGCAAGGAGAACAUCUUCAAGUCCAAGUACGAUCCUACCGAGCUGCUGUCCGAGGUGACGGGUGGAACCAAUGGUAAGGCGAGGCGCACCAUUAAACCGUACAAGCGGAGCGACACCACCGAUAUGGGCCAUCUGCUACACUCGCACCAACAUCACCACCAUCACCACCAUCACCAUCACCAGCUGUACGAUGAUGAGGGGGGAACGACACUGUGCGAUGGUGGUUCACUUUCCGCCUCCACGUCCAGUCUGGCUGCGGCCAAGAAGGAGCGCCGCAAAAGCUGCCAAACAACGUCGGGCAGUGGACGAUUCUUUGAUGCCGACGGCAUCUGCACGGUGCCGUUGUCGAGCGACGAUGACGAUCGUGGGUCCUCGCUCGCCGACGGCGAUAGUAAAGAUCCGCGGCAACGCGAACGCCACAACAGACGGCGCGAAAUCGAGAGUCUGCUGCAGAAGUAUGCACCGCUCGAUGAUCCGUCCCGGCAGCAGUUACUGCAGCCGCAGCCUUCACCACAGCCCAGACGCGAGCGUCGGUCACAUGCCACGGUUAACCCGAGCACGUCCGAACGGUCGCCCCGUCUGGAAGAGGAUGGUGGUGUACCGUCACUGUUGCUACAGUCGGCCACUGGUGCCGUCUACCAACGGCAACGUACCUCCUCGUCCCAUGUGCGCAUGUACUACCAGCAGCAGCAACAGCAGCUGUACGGUACCGCCAGUACCGGCACAGCCCUUGGAGGAGGUUUGCAGAAGUCCUACACGGUGCAGAACGUCGCGUCGCAUCUGCUCAACGGUGGCAGUCACCAUCAGCUACAACAGCUCUACGGCGACCAACAAUUAUCGUACGGCCAUCUGCACCAUCAUGGUGCGCCGGUAAGCAGUGGUUCCGUACUACCGAUCAACACCACGUCCCACGCGUACAACAGCCGUACGGCUGCCGCACUAGCCAGUACCACCGGUGGAGCACUAGGCAUCCAGAAUCAGCUGCGAGGUCCUCGAUCGCGUAUCCCGAAAGCGCUCUCUACCUUCAAACAACCCUUCGUUCGCGACAAUGUUGAAGGCCAUCUGAUCUACCAGAUCGGCGAUGUACUACACAACAGAUAUAAAAUACUGGCCACCCUCGGCGAAGGAACGUUUGGACGGGUUGUAAAGGUACGCGAUUUGGAAAGGGACCACGUCAUGGCGGUAAAGAUCAUCAAGAACGUAGACAAGUAUCGUGAUGCGGCAGAACUGGAAAUUGGAGCGUUGGAGAAAAUCAUGCAACUCGACCCCAACUUCGAGCACUUAUGCGUGAAAAUGCUGGACUGGUUUGACUAUCAUGGCCAUACGUGCAUCGGUUUCGAAAUGCUUGGACUGAGUGUUUUCGACUUCUUGAAAGAGAACCACUACGAACCGUACCCGAUUGAGCACGUACGGCACAUUUCCUACCAGCUGUGCUAUGCUGUCCGUUUCCUGCACGAAAGCCGCCUCACGCAUACGGACUUGAAGCCGGAAAACAUUCUGUUUGUCGACUCGGAGUACACCAGCACGAAUGUUCCACGCAAGCCACGGCCAGUGCGUCGCAUCAACUGUACCGAUAUACGACUGAUCGAUUUUGGCAGCGCAACCUUCGACGAUGAACAUCACAGUACGAUCGUGUCCACCCGCCAUUAUCGUGCACCGGAGGUUAUACUCGAGCUCGGCUGGUCUCAACCCUGUGAUGUUUGGUCCAUCGGAUGCAUCAUGUUUGAACUAUAUCAGGGCGUAACACUCUUCCCGACGCAUGACAAUCGCGAACAUCUGGCCAUGAUGGAACGCAUCCUCGGCACCAUCCCUUACCGUAUGGCAAGGAAAACGCGAACCAGAUACUUCCAGUUCGGCAAGCUCGACUGGGACGAAAAGUCCACCACCGGGCGGUACGUGCAGGCGAACUGCAAACCACUCCACCGGUACGUCCGCUCGGACAAGCCCGACCAUCUGCAGCUGUUCGAUCUGAUACGGAAGAUGCUUGAGUACGAUCCCGCCAACCGUAUCACAUUGGAUAAAGCACUGCGACACCCGUUCUUUGCAAAGCUUCCCGCUAAUCAACGGCUGCACGAAAAAUAUAUUGUGAAGGCAACCGAUCCACGACGCCCGGAACCGGGAAGUAAACCGCGCCCAUUGCCACUGUCCCUGUUGCCGAUAAUGGCACGCUGGCAGAAAGGUAGCAUUGGUUCGAAAGCUUAA